AUGGCAAGCGCAGUUUGCAAGCAAGAGCCGCAAAAAGAACAGAACGAAAAGAACUCUUGGGCGGACUUUAUGGACGAACUUUUUGGUCAGACGGAUGAACCAACAAGUCCACCGUUCGGGCAUAUAUCUCCGGAUGAAGAGUUCCAGGUCCAACCCUGCUUGACAGACUGCAAUUAUGACCGGGAAGAAGGCCACCUGCUUCCAGAAUCGCUUCCUGAAAUGCUGUCGUCCAAUGGUCUCCUUCCCAGAUACAUCGCUGAUUCCCUCAAACAAGGUACGUCACUUGACAUCAGGGCUUCGGACUCUGGCGUCUCGGUAACUGACCCAGGUCGUACCAUUUAUCUCCGUUCGGUGCUGCCUUACAAUCCUCUGGAUCUAUUCUGUCGUCAAGGCCACGGCGUCAUUCGAGAACACCCCUUUUCAAAGAUAGCCUAUCUUCGCCGUACGCAGAAGCCGCACAUAGCAGCCGCAAACCAGAACUGUUCUCGUGGCCGUCUCUCCCGUUGA